AUCAAAAUGCAGACUGCCUGUUAUGGGUUUUAUUUGCCUAGCAACACUCACUCAUUAGCUAUAAAUGACUUGUGAAACGAAACUUAAACCCGGAUGUACGGAGCAGCACGAUACUACUUGCGGAUUUGUUCAACUACAGUCACAGAAGGCGAGAGGGAGCGUGAGAAAAAAAAAGCAGUUAUGGCACGAGGAAGAGGAGGGGCUAAUUGGAUCCUGUUCCUGUUGACACUCUGUCUGCAAGACCUAACUGGUCAAAGUCAAGAUACAGAGAUUCCGGCUGAUCUGAGGAUUGUUCUGCUGGGGAAGACUGGAUCAGGGAAGAGUGCAGCAGGAAACACCAUCCUGGGUAGGGAGGCGUUUAAAUCAGAGUCUUCUCCGGUGUCUGUGACAUCACAGAGUGAGAAACAGAGUGGAGAUGUGAAUGGAAGGAUGAUUGAUGUCAUCGACACUCCAGGACUCUUUGACACCACAAUGUCUCAGGAACAGAUGAAAGGGGAGAUAGUCAGGUGUAUAGAAGAGUCUGUCCCAGGACCCCACGUGUUCCUGCUGGUUAUCAAGCUUACAAGGUUCACAGAGGAGGAGAGGAACACUGUGAAGUGGAUCCAGGACAACUUUGGAGAAGAAGCCUCCAUGUACACCAUCUUACUGUUCACACAUGGAGAUCAACUGGAGGGCAAAUCAGUGGACGAGUUCCUGUCUGAGAGCAAAGAGCUCCGGAAACUCAUCAACAUCUGCGGGGGCAGAUAUUACUCACUAAACAAGACCAGGAACCACACCCAGGUCACAGAGCUGCUGGAGAUGACCGAGAAGAUGGUGAUGAUUAACGGAGGAAAAUACUACACCAACGAGAUGUACCAGGAGGUCCAGAGGAAGAUCAACGAGGAGAAGGAGAGGAGGAGACAGGAAGAAGAGGAAAGAGACAGAGAGAGGAGACAGAAGGAGCGAGAGAGGAUCAUUAGAGAAGAGGAAGAGAGGUUCCGGAGGGAGGAAAUGUUGAAGCGGUGUAAGUGGUCAGGGUUGGUCAGUACAGCUGCCUUGGGCUGGGGGGCUGUCUACGGAUCUCCAUUAUGGUUAACAGCAGGGUCUUUAGUUGGGGCGGUGGAAGGUUACGACUGCAUGAAAACCUAUUUCAACUGGUAAAACACCAAGCACUAUUUGAUGGUCACAUGUAUAAUAAAACAAAUGGAUAUUAUUUCCAAAUUGCUACUGUAACGUGAGCUCGCUUUUACCAAUGACCCAAGUUGUUAUUAACAAUUGUGUAGUUAUAUUGUUAUUACUAAUAGUGAUUUAGCUUUACUGUUAUCAUUAACAAUAUCAUUAUUGGUUCUGUUGUAAUAUUGUUCUUAUCCAAUCUACUGUAAAUCUAUGGUUUCAUGAAUAUUGGAGGUGCUACUUUUGUGAGCACCAACAUUGUCACUUUUAAAUUAUGAUGUAAGUCUUGGGCACAUUAUUAUAUCAAUGUUAGAAAACGUGUAAUAAUGUGAUGGUAUUGUAAUAUAAUGUAGGGGAGAAUAUGCAAUGUGUUGAUGUCAAAUUAUUUUCUAAUCACAAUACUAGGGUAAUCUAGUGGUCUAGGCAUUUGCUGCUGCUGUUCUCUCAGCAUAAACUCUGUUCUAUUUCUUUCCACACGUUCCUGUCAAAUAAAGCCUGAAUUCCCCCAAAAAAGACAUAUCUCUGAAAAAGUGUAUAUUAUUAAAGGCUGUGUUUCGUGAACACACCCUCCCCUGGAUCAGGGUCGGGACAACGCCCCAGGGAGAACCACCAGGCCUGGAGCUGCGGAAAAGGCCCCUUGAACACAGCUCAGCUCCCACCCCCUGAUGAGGCACACCUUGGGAAGACAGAAUCAGGGAAGAAGGCAGCAGGAAACACCAUCCCGGGGAGGGAGGUGUUUAAAGGGGACACGUCUCCAGUCUCUGUGAGAAAAACAGAGUAGAGAGGAGAACGAAGGGAGAUUGAUGUCAUCAGCACUCCAGGACUCUUCAACACCACAAUAUCUCAGGACGAGAUGACGAGGGAGAUUGAGAAGGCCAUCUAUAUGUCAUUUCCAGCACCUCACCUUCCGUCUGAACCAACCAUCAUUUCUCAUUCUGGGGGUCAUUGUUUUUUA